UCAAUUCUGUACAUUAACUCAUCUGCGUCUCUCUCCCCAAACACUCCAAACCCCAUACAAUUUCACAGAUCAAAUAAGCAACAGAGUUUGGUCGAAGCCUCGAAAAAUGGCCUCCGCCUGGGCUUCCUCUUCCGCCAUUGCAGCCGUCGCUGUAUCGUCGCGCUCCCAGAAGGGCGGGUCUUCUUUGGCGGCAACUAAGGCUUCUUUCUUUGGUGGGAGGAAGCUGAGAGUGAGAAGCUUCACAGCCGCCACAGGAUCAUCGUCAUCUUUUACAGUACGUGCGGCUGCUGCUGACCCUGAUAGGCCUCUGUGGUUUCCAGGAAGCACCCCUCCCCCAUGGCUCGAUGGAAGCCUCCCAGGAGACUUCGGCUUCGAUCCUCUUGGUCUUUCAUCUGACCCAGACAGCCUGAAAUGGAACCAGCAAGCAGAGCUUGUACACUGCAGAUGGGCAAUGCUCGGCGCAGCCGGAAUCUUCAUCCCCGAAUUCUUGACCAAAAUCGGCAUUCUAAACACCCCCUCAUGGUACACAGCCGGAGAGCAAGAGUACUUCACAGACACCACCACUCUCUUCGUCGUUGAGCUUGUUUUGAUCGGGUGGGCCGAGGGGAGGAGAUGGGCCGACAUCCUCAAGCCGGGUUCAGUUAACACGGACCCAAUCUUCCCCAACAACAAGCUCACCGGGACAGAUGUAGGGUACCCGGGAGGGCUCUGGUUCGACCCACUUGGAUGGGGAAGCGGCUCGCCUGAGAAGAUCAAGGAGUUGAGGACAAAGGAGAUUAAGAACGGAAGGCUAGCGAUGUUGGCUGUGAUGGGGGCUUGGUUUCAACACAUUUACACUGGGACUGGCCCCAUUGACAACCUCUUCGCUCACCUCGCUGAUCCCGGCCAUGCCACCAUUUUCGCUUCUUUCUCCCCCAAGUGAGGAACGAAGGAGAAUUCUAAUUGGGGUUUUCAAGUGCGGGAGGAGAAGCAGCAAAGUUGUUAACUUGUUAUCAAUCGGGCAAAAGAGAGACUGAGAAGUAUUGUGUUGUUCCAAGGGAAAUUUGUAGGACUAAAAACUUGUAAUUUGAUGUGCUUGUGUACAAAAAUCUCUUUGGAACCUUCGUUCCAAUAUGUAUGAAAUCAACUGGUGACCUACGAACUUA